AUGGUAAGGCAACCAACUGGAACGAUCAGUUCACCAGUAUAGGUCUUUAGUACGGUGGUUGUUUUCUCUAACUUCUUGUCGCGAAAUCUUUCCAAGAACAUGUCAUAUGGCAAAAUGGACACGGCCGAUUACAUUUUUCCUAAAAAUCAGCUAUUUGCAUGCUUAAUUAAUGCAUUUGCCUAAUUUGCAUAUGUCAGCAAUAUGCAAAUUAGGUAAAGGCAUUAAUUAAGCAUGCGAAAGGCUGACUUUUUAGAACAAAAUGAAUAGUUAAAGGCUUAAACUAAACCAAAUUGUCUGAAAUUUUGUACAGUAAUUAAAAACCCGACAAAUUUUCCAUCUAUUAACUCAAAAUAUGAUUACAGCUUUUAAAUUUUGUGCGCGAGCCAUUUUUAGUUUGUUGGGAAAGACACACCCCCCUGGUUCACAGAAUUUGAGUUCGAGAAAUUUUUUUCAUUAUUUUACAUUAUAAGUACCCAAAGAAGCUAUAUAUAUAAAAAACCGGAUACAAAUAGCUGUUUUGCGAAAUUGAGAGCAAUUUUAAAUCUGUUCAGUUUCAGUUUUCAUACACCCUGUAUAAUAAAACGAUUUUUAUUCUAAUUUUAAGGUAAAUAUUCCAUUCAUGAUUCUCAUUGAUUUCAGAACCGCGUUAGCCGCUAUAGCCUUACUUUUUUGCUGUUUUUUGCCCACUUAUGAAAAAUGACAUAAGUGGCUAAAAAUGGACGAAAAGUUAAGGCUAUAGCCUUACUUUUUUGCUGUUUUUGGCCCACUUAUGAAAAAUGACAUAAGUGGCUAAAAAUGGACGACAAGUUAAGGCUAUAUAGCCUUACUUUUUUGUUGUUUUUGGCCCACUUAUGAAAAAUGACAUAAGUGGCUAAAAAUGGACGAAAAGUUAAGGCUAUAGCCUUACUUUUUUGCUGUUUUUGGCCCACUUAUGAAAAAUGACAUAAGUGGCUAAAAAUGGACGAAAAGUUAAGGCCAUAGCCUUAAUAUUUUGCUGUUUUUUGUGUCAUAGAGUGUGGGAAUGGGUAUUUUCAGGUAGGGUGAGGACAAGGUUGCUAACGGUGAGGACAAGGUUCCUGACGGUGAGGACAAGGUUCCUGACGGUGAGGACAAAGUUGCUGACGGUGAGGAGAAGAAUCCUGACGGUGAGGACAAGGUUGCUGACGGUGAGGACAAGGAUCCUGACGGUGAGGACAAGGUUCCUGACGGUGAGGACAAGGUUCCUGACGGUGAGGACAAGGUUGCUGACGGUGAGGACAAGGUUGCCGACGGUGAGGACAAGGUUCCUGGCGGUGAGGACAAAGUUUCUGGCGGUGAGGACU